AUGCUAGUCUUCCCGGGUUACGGCGAGGCAUCGACGAGGAUGGGAUCGAUGCUGUCGCAUCAACAGCAACUUCGUCUGCUCCUGUCGAUCCUGGUGCUGUUGUCUCCUCAGCUACCGGUUCGUUCCACCUCGGCCGACAUAGUACAAAGGUUCCACGACCCGGAGGUGAAGCGCAUGAACCAUCUGGUCGUGGAUAAGAACACUGGCCGUGUUUACGUGGGCGCGGUGAACCGGCUUUAUCAGCUCUCGCCGGACCUCAGUCUCGUGGUGAAAGAGGUGACCGGUCCGAAAGGCGACUCGACCGCUUGCUCGAUGAUCGACUGUCCCCGCGAGACACCGACGCGGCUGGUCGACAACGUGAACAAGGCGUUGGUGAUCGACUACACGACCACCAGGUUGAUAUCGUGCGGCAGCCUUUCGCAGGGCACUUGUCGCGUUCGAAAUCUCCACAACAUCUCGGAUAUGGUGCAAGAAGUGAAGGAGGCGGUGGUCGCCAAUAAUGCUACAGCCUCGACUGUCGCGUUUAUCGCCCCAGGACCACCGAAUCCUCCUGUUUCUCAGGUGAUGUACGUAGGCGUGACGUACACCGGAAACUCGCCUUACCGAUCGGAGGUACCGGCUGUUAGCUCGAGAUCCUUGGACAAGGAUCGAAUGUUGAACAUCGCGGAGUCUGCUGUCACCACCGGUACCAGGAUGUACGUGAACUCGUUGUCGCGGGAGAGAUAUCCGAUCAACUACGUGUACGGAUUCAGCAGCGGCGGUUUCAGCUAUUUCAUGACCACGCAGAUGAAGGACACGGAGAAAGCGAUAUACAUAUCGAAGCUUGUGCGGAUAUGCCAGGACGACGAGCACUAUUACUCGUACACGGAGAUACCGAUCAACUGUACCAACGACGGGAUAUAUUACAAUCUCGUGCAGGCCGCGUACGUAGGUAAAGCCGGCUCGGUUCUCGCCGGGGAUCUAGGUAUCACCGCACAGGACGACGUGUUAUUCGCGGUUUUCGCCGAGGGCAAUUCCUCGAACAGCGACGUACCGAAAGAGCAUUCCGCGCUCUGUGUCUACUCGUUGAAGGCGAUCAGGAGGAAGUUCAUGACCAAUAUACAGAAGUGCUUCAGCGGCGAGGGACACAGGGGACUGGAGUACAUCUCUCCGAGCCACAAGUGCAUCUUGACG